AUAGAUGUCUCUUUACAAUUAGAAAAUGUUGGGAUGGGUAUAUAGGAUGCCAAGGAGCCUGGAGCUCAUUGUCCACCGAAAGAACUGUGAAAGUAAAGGAACUGGAGGAUACUGAAGAAGUUACCCUCUGUUCCUGCAGGUAUUGAGUUCCAGCCAGCAAGAUGGCACAUGCUCAAGAAAUUCAGCUCCAAAUCACAGCUAAUAAUAAGGUGUUCCGGAGCUGGAAUCCGGCGACAAGGGCGGCGGCAGCCGUGAUGGACCGGGACCUGAACCUCCCACACGCCGGCUGGCGAGAGGCCGCGGCGUCCGGUGGUGGGCGCUGGUGGCCGUGGACAUGCUGAUGUUGCUCGCCGGAGGGACCGUAGCCACCCUCCUCAGCCGCCUGUACUACAACUCCGGCGGCAACAGCAAGUGGAUGGCCACGCUCACGCAGUCCGGUGGCGCGCCGCUCCUGGCCAUCCCGCUGCUCCUGACGCCGCCGACGCCAUCGGAGGAGGAGCGUCGCCGGCCGGCACCGUCCAAGCUGGCGGCCGUCUACCUCGGCAUCGGCGUCCUGAUCGGCAUCGACAACCUGAUGUACGCGUACGCGCUGCAGUACCUGCCGGUGUCCACCUUCUCGCUGGUGGCGGCGACGCAGCUGGCCUUCAACGCCGUCACGUCGCGGCUCAUCAACGCGCAGCGCUUCACGCCGCUCAUCGCCAACUCCGUGGUGGUGCUCACCUUCGCCGCCGCGCUGCUCGGCGUCGGCGCGUCCUCCGACGGGACCUCCUCAGGCGGCGGCGCGCCGGCGCCACCGCGGGGCAGGUACGCGGCCGGGUUCGUCCUCACGCUGGCGGCCUCCGCCGUCUUCGCGCUGAUCCUGUCCCUCUACGAGCUCGCCUUCGAGAGGGUGGUCCGGGCGCGGACGCCGCGGUGGGUGCUGAGGACGCAGAUGCACACCAACCUCGUGGCGUCGGCGGUGGCGGUGGCGGGGCUGCUCGCGUCGGGGGAGUGGCGGACGGUCCAGGGGGAGAUGGCGGCGUUCCGGGACGGGCCGGCGAGGUACGUGCUGACGCUGGCCGGGGCAGCGGUGUCGUGGCAGGCGGCGCUGGCGGGGCAGGUGCGGCUGGUCGCCAGGGUGUCGUCGCUGUUCGCGAACGCGACGGGCGCCGUGCAGCUCCCGCUGGUGCCGGUGUUCGCGGUGGUGCUGUUCGGGGACAGGAUGACGGGCGUCAAGGCCGUGGCCAUGCUCAUGGCCGUCUGGGGGUUCCUCUCCUACGUGUACCAGCACUACCUCGACGGCCGGCGUGCGGCGGCGGCGGCGGGGAAGGACGGGGGCGAGUGCGCCGUCUGCGCCGCGCGGGCGGCAAGCGACGCGGUUUCACACGCUCCUUGAGAAUCCAUGUUUUUGAUGAAUUUCUAUGGUUUUUGCAAAAUUCGCUGCAGCAUCAACUCUUCUCGAAGAAUAGUGAACUUCUCUUUUAUAUACCCGUUGGGAAUUCAAUAGUAUCGCUAAUACCUGUAUAUAGAGACGGCCGUAUGUGAUGUGAUUUCCACAAUUCUCCACUGCGCCCAUUUUGGGAGUUGUAAUUUUAACACAUUCAUUAGUA